CAUUUAUGAAUUUGUUCGCGAGGGUACGAGAAAGACCUGGAAAUGUGGAGUAAAAAGUCAUCAGACUGAUCACUGUAAAUUUUAGUAGGUGAGUUUAGUGACAAGUUUGUUUGAUGGGGUUGGAAAAAUAAUCAAGUUUGUAGGCACAGGAAAUUGUCUUGUGGAAUCGUUCGAUGCAAUUCAAAAGACGAAUUUUAAACGGCACAUGAAUUAGCAUAUAUGAUUUUUACAGGCUUGAGAAUCAUCGGGAGAAUUGCCCGCUGAUUUUGUCAAGCGAAUCAAAUUGUCCCGGAAUCAUAUGUGAUGAUGACUGAAGUUCUGCUAAAUCAUAAGUGAUGAUUUUUUCAGCAAAGUCAAAAUCAUUCGUGGAAUCAUAACGUACGAAACCGUGAGUGUCUGGAAUCAUCACCAGGCGAUUCGCUGCUGUUAUGAAAUCGUUUGUGGAAUCAUAACCUUGUGCCCAACAAAAGGGAACGUUGGAUUCACGAGUGAAAGAUCGGUCGUCGAACUGUCAUAAACCGAACUAGGAUCAGACGAAGUUGAAACGAAGACAAAUAUGAAAAGUGUAGCAGAAGAAGUCUUGUAGUUCCUAGCGUGCGCGCAUAAACUAAAACUUGAAAGGGGCUUGGUACGAGAUUUGACCGUGUACCUCUGAUCUAACACGAAAAUCCUAUUGUAUGUUAUUGAAACUUUCAAGUUGAAAUCGUUUAAUCUGAAGGUAGUUGAAGAUCGUGAUCAUCCAUGGAUGCAGGCCGGACCUUUUAAAGGUAAACUUUCUUGCUUUGCUUCAUAAAUAAAAUGGUAAUACAUUUACAUUCAAGUGAUGGUACUCAUAACAGAAGCUUGUUAACGUCAAAAACAUGUGUAUACUACCUGUAUACUGUUGCCUUUUUGCUGGUUGGGUAAUUUAUUUAACACAAAGAGGCCUUCACACACACACACAAAAAAACAAUACCACUGAUGUUAUAAUUUGUAUGAUAGCAGGAAGACCUGAUUUACAUCAAACUAAAUAAAACAGCUCAUUUUGUAUAGCAGAAAAUAACACUAAUUUGCAUACUUUUUGGAGUAAAUUUGACAGAAUAUUGAAUAACAAUAUCUAUAUUAAUUAUAACCGUAAAUUAAUUUAAACUAUAAAUCACAAUUUACAAUGGUGAUUUGAACAAUGCACAAAGUAAUUAAGUGUAUAAAAUCAUUCAUUUGAGUUAAACAACAUUUUAAAUGACACCAAACCAGUUAAGGUAUAUGAUUAUUAUUAUGAUGAUUGUUGGUGAUAGCCCCCAUUCAAUUAUCCCCAUUAUUUGAAAUCUGGAUUACCCCUGGGGUCAAACAGGUCCAAAUUAAAAUGAAACACAAAUAUUUUAAUUCAUCAGAGCUGUUCUCUAGCAGAGCCCAUUGGCUCCUAGUGCCUAUAAGAGGGGGCUGAAUAGGGGUAUGCAAAUCCGCCAAUCCGUUAUGAUUUAUUGGCCAAAUCCGCUGUUAAAAUUUCGCCCUGAAUCAGAAAUCUGGGCAAAAAAAUUUUUAUUACACGCAAAGUCCGAAAUCCGGGCCUAAAAAGUCGAUGAAUCCGCAAUCCGCUGCAAUUACAGGAUCCGAAAACCGUUAAAAUCUUGCUUUGAAUCCAAAAUGUGGGCAAAAAUAUUUUCAAAAUCCGCCGAUCCAUUCGCCUAUUCACCCCGCUCCUAUAACUCUUGCUCUCAAGCAACUUGAAAGUCUUACUUUUUUCAUUCAAAUCAUAUGCUGGGCACCCUAGGUGUUACAGCCUUAGAGCACAGCCUUGAACUUUAAUAAAAUGUUGCACUUAAGUGACAAUGAGUUUUUAAGAUCCAGACUUGAUCAAACAACACAGAAAUUUUGAAAUGUUAAGUACAAUUUGUUCUCUUAUUUUACUUUUUUGUACUUGUCAUAGAUAUUGACUAUCAGUCGAGAAUUAUAUAUAGGCCUGAACACCCAACAACUGAUUUUUUUAAAGGCAGGGCUGCCACCAGUGGCCAAGGAGCAAGCAUUUUACUUUUGAGCAUGAUCCUUGGUUACUUUUGUAGGGAAACCAAGGCAAAAUGGAACCAAAUGCAAAGAACUUUCUAACUUUUCGAUUCCCCACCUUUUUAAAUAUGAACUGUCCGUAAUAUAUAGAGACGUGUCCGUAUUAUAGAGGUGUUUAUAAGGAGAGGUUAGACGGUAAUGUCUAAUGGUAAACUGAUGACAUCACAUGUGUAGGAAGAGCCCAAUGAGAGUGGAUGCACAUUGACAAUUUUGGGCAGCUCAUUCAAAUGUAUUUUCAAGGGUUUUUUUUGCCCAUUUGGUACUUUUUCAGUUUGCAGACUUUUUUGUCUACUUUUAAAAGUGCAUGUUUCACAGAGUUUUGGAUCCAAAAUUCAAGACUUUUUCCAGACUUUUUCCAAAACAAAAAUUAUUAUUUCUCUUUCCAGACUCAAGUUUAUCAAAUAAAGGUGACAAACAGAGACCUUUAAAAAACACAGGAAUCAAGCUUUUCUCAUGAUGCACUAUAGUAAUCACAGUGCAAAAAAUUUACCCUUUUUUCCUGUCCUUUUUAUGAACAAUGCCUGUUUAGGCUUUCCAAGUAAUUUCAUAGGUAUGUGGAAGGAUCAGGGUCAGUAUGGGUGCAGUGUCCAAUUGUUUUAUUUCAUAUUAUUUUACAAUUACAUAUUUUGCUGCAAUUAAAGUAUAUAGUUGUUAGUGGUAAACAAUUUCAAACAUUAAAUCAAAUAUAUUGAGACUGUCAAACUAUAAUAUUAUUCCAAACUGUAUAAUUUGGAAGCGAAUUAAAAUAACUAUUAUUGUACAUGUAUGAAGUGCUCGUUAGUAAACAGAAAUGAUGUAAAUGAGUAGUGUCUCCUUAUUGUGCUAUUUAGUGAUUUGCAUACAGCUGUACUCUCGUCAUCGACUCAGAUUAGCUACCAGAAGAUAGUUCUUUUUGACUGGAAGCAAAGUCACUCUCCGUAUCAACCGUCUAACAUUUACGAUGUGCUCUCCAUGAUAAAAGCUGUUCUUUACUGCAGGAAGUCCAGAGAGUUUAUCCGCAUCAUGGUUCUUGUUGGCAAAAUAAAACCAAGGUGAUGAACUCGCAUACUAGUAGCUCCCAUCAAGUCUUUCAAAUGAACUCGUGCAGUAAAAAAAUAACGUACCUGAACAAAGUAAGGAGAAACCUCAGUUUUACUUUCAGGUUUGUCUAAUUUGUCCACACAAUAGAUCAGAGCUGUCUGGCCCCUGUCAGUUCUGUUGUAAGAGGAUGAAAAGGUGGAACCAUUUACCAUACAUCUCGCAAAGGUAUCUAUAUGGGGCUCGACAAACAGAAAUGAAUCCUCAUGGAUGUCUGACAUGUAAUCUUUCAGCUCAUUGUAAAAUUCAAACUUUGGUCUUUGCUUGAUCCUCAUUGGAGGAAGCAUCUUAACAGGCCAUUUUUGGUCGAUUUUGUCUAUGUCCUCUUGUUCAACUGUCAUUUGGAUGUCCAAAUUGGUCACAGAUGUUCUUGAGGGUGCCAUGUACAUAUUUUCUGUCCCUCUGAAAAGACGUUCUGCUUGGAUUCUUUGAAAAACUGACCAUUCUUCUGUUCCCUCUUCCAGAUGUUCACUGUCUUUUGUGUUUCAUAAGUGGCUUUAAAGAAGAGGGAAUAUCAUUUUCACUUACCUUGUCAAGUAGUGGUAACUUUGCAACAUCAAUUAAAUGCUGCAUGACAAAGUUUCUAAAAAUCUCCUCUUCUACAGUUUUCCCACUGGUGUUGACAUCUCCUAACAGACCAAUGUGUCUUUCAUAAGGAAAGCACCACCAGCUGGUAGGAGGUCCCCAAUUCUGAAUGAGCUCAGGGAUGUGUAGAGUCAUGUGAUAAUUAACACUUACCUCAAAUUUUCCAAACACUUUUGAAUACAGUCCAUGGUGCUUGUGAAGAAGACAAGAGAUAUUGUUUACUUCAUCCCUUGUUAUGGGGUCUUUCAGAAGCAGUUCAACUGCCUCAGCGAGACAUUUUGUGGCAUCAUAAAAUCUGUUUGGUACUACAUUCCAUAAACAGACCCUUGCAUAGGUGACAAUGAAAUUCUUCCACUGUUGUGCUUUCAACCCUCGCUGACAUUUUGUCGAGCAUUGUCUUUGGUAGCCUUCCAAGAUCGUAGGGCACCCUCACAGCAUUCAAUCUGUUUGCCAAGAUGUCUCUCUCCUCCUCUGUCAUCAAGUUGUUGGAAUUAGUUAUAAGUUCUUCCCCAAGGUCUGAAACAAGGCCCAUCAAGAUGCUGUGCAUGGGAUCAAUUAAGAAAUUUUCAACCAUGUUGAAGUAUGGCAGACGAGCCAGUUCACUGUACUUUACUCCUGUUUUUUUGAGACAUUGCUAGUGCACUUGCUUUUGUUGUUGCCUUUCUAUAUAUACCCAUUGCCUUUCGUACCUCACUGUCAGUCCGUGCUGGUGAUUUCUCGCUUGUGUAAAAACUCAUCUUGCCACUUGCCCCUCUGGUGCCCUUUUCUCGAACUGCCGAAACAUACAUUUAUCACAUGGAAGAUCGGCCUUGUGACUCUUGUAUUGUGAUAACUUCCUUGAGGCUGGUAUGUCUGCAAGUACUGGAAGAAGUAGAGAACGGGUGAAGAUGACCUCAGGCCCAAGUACUUGAACGUGAAUUCCUUUGUAUAACAUGAUCAAGUCGUCUACAAUUGGGGUCAAAUAAGUAUUGAUGUGACCCUCAGGUUCAGAUGGACCUGGAAUUAGACCGAUCAGCAUUGACCACUUUGCUUUUAAAACGCUGACUCUUUGGAAUGUUAAGGACACUCAUGUACAGGGCUCCGCAUGAAUAAACCGCUCGUUGAAAUGGAUUGAAAAAAUCUAGGUAAAGUAAAAGUGCCAAAUUCAUUUUGUCCUUCAGAAGAGGCUUUGUGUUGUCAUCAGGAUCCAUUAGAAAUUCCUGAAGAAUACGCCCAUCCCAUAUGUCCCUAUAAUCAGUUGUUGAUGGUUCAGGCCGGUUUCUUAUGAGAUUUAAGAAUUCUUCCAGAUUAAAAAAUGUCUUUAUCCACUCAGAAGGUGCUAAAAAGGGAUAUGUCUUAUAUGGAUUCAUUUUAGUUUUUCCAAAUGAAAGCUUUCGUUCAAAAGAAAGUUCUGCAUUACACCUUUUCCCAUAUAAUUUGUUCCUGCAUAAGCGAGGCUUUAAAACCCCAUCCCUCUCAGAACUAAUAUCAUUCAUCUGGUAGAGACACGAGCAUUUGGGGUUGGGGCAAACAGCAAAAAGUAUUGUUUUGUUGAGAACCUUAAGAUUGGCAAUGGUUUCAAGGUCACUGAUUGACUUCGGGAAAAGCAUAUAUAAGGGGUGACGAUUACCCAAAAAAAUGAAAUAAAUAAGAUCUAGCAACAUAGAAAAAAUAGCAUUAGAUAAAUUAAAUGAUAGUUUUAAACGUAAAAGUAUUAACGAAAUCCAGCGAAUUAGUUUCCCCUCUUCUUUUGUCUUCAUGACAUCUUCUUUCAGCUCUUCCUCCUUGCACUGGUCUGCACCAUUUACUGCAGCACUUUCUCCUUCCAUCAUGUCUUUCCUCUGGUCUGCUUCGGAUUCAGUGCUGCAGUCUGAUAGUUCUAUAGUGUCUAGAGGUGUGAAUUACCAGAAGUAUAUUAGUAUUUACAGUCAUGCAUUCUUCAAAGACUGUAGUUUUUAAGUUACAUAUAUUUGGCAAUAAACAAUGAAUUUAAAAAGUCUCUCUCAUAGACAGAAACCCUGAGAACAAACAAGCAGCUCAUUGUAGUGCUGAAUACAUGUUAAUGUAGAUUUAGCUGCAGUCAGCUUUUGAAUUGAUUAUCCACAACCAAUCACACAUGAGACAGUAUUAAGUUGUUGUCCUCUGGCAGCUGAUCAGUCAGAUCAUCCUAAUAUUAAAUUCCUAGACAAUUAUUAAUAGUUCCCUUAUGCACCUAUCAAUGUGAAGUUGGUGGGGAGCUGCACAUUGUUGUUUAAUCUCAAUUAUAGAAUUCCAACUAAUGGCCCUGUCCCAUGGAUAUAAGAUAUAAGAAUGUGAUGUUAUGAUCUUUUGUGAACAACAACAAAAGGUUAAAAAGUCUUAAGUUUAAUAAUUAUUCUUGAUUUCCAGACUGUACGGCACAUGCGCGUGAAGUGGAACACAUGUGAUCGGUCUUGACAAGUCUGAGUUAGUGGUCAAUAUCUCCACAUGCCACGUUGGUAAAAAAAAAGGAAGGUUCAAAUAUCCCACCCCCAGAAGAACAUUAGUCAAAUGCUUAACUCCAGGGCCAACAGAAAACAUUCAAAUCCUUAUGCAAUGCCCUUCCUCAACCCCCCCCCCCCCCCUCAGGCUUUACAUGGACAGGUGCAUUAAACAUCUGUAUUAAUUCUCUGUUCUGUAUCAGGGUUGUCAUUAAGAGCCGGGGCAGGGAUUUUCCCUGCUACUUUUAUCGGAAAAUAGAAGAAAAAUAGAACCAAAAGAAAUCCCUGGCCAUUUGAUUCCCCGCCUACUUGUUGUAUUUACCCGGCAAGUUGAAAUCUUAGUGACAACCCUGUGUAUGCUCAUUAAAGUCUACCAAACAAAUUGAGGGUUACUUUGAUUUCAAUUCUAAACUGAUACAGAUUUCAUGAAAGUAAAAAUUAUACCUUUUAAGACAGCAAUCCCUUGAUCUUCCUUGUCACUUUCUUCAGAGUCAGCAAGUCCAUCUUCACCUGAAAAAAGUUAAAAUUGUAAUCAGUAUGGGGAAUUAUUCCUCCCAAGGAAGAGGACCCCACUAUGAGAUGAGUAAAGUGGUGUCACCUCUUCCCAUUAACAUCUGUGUGAUUGAAGGUUAUGUUGCCUGUAGUUAAUUCAUUAACUGAUCCUUACAGACGAUCCAAUCAUAGCCAUGCAAUUAACUACAAAGCCAAUGACCACCAGGAUAGAGUACCCCAGAGUUAAAUUGACAGGGAUAAUUGAAAGAGGUUAAAUCAAAACCAACAGAAGAAGACGUGUGGCACUAGCACUACCAUACGCCAAUAACGUUGUUUAAGAUACCCCAAAAAAAUCCUUGGCUAAUUCAAGGCACCCAAAAUAAUACCUGGCCUGUCACUUUUACAUCGGAAUUCUCCUACUAGCAAGGAUUAUAGGCAUUGCUUUUAAGAUUUAUCUCACUAUAUACUGGUAAGGUUGUUUUGAUUCAGUAAAAUUCAUGAUAAAGGUAUUGAUAAAAAAUAUACCUGAAUAAAUUUGCAUUUUAGUUUCCUCAGCACUGAUGUUAUUAUUGCUACAUGUCAUGUCUAUCACAGAUCCUUGAACUUCACCUGGAGCAAACAAAAUCCAACAUUUAAGGUGGCUGCUAAGAAUACUGGCAAUUAGAUGUUCUCAAGCAAUGAGUCUAUGUUUUCAUUAUUUUUUAAUGUAGAAAACAAAACAUAUUUUGAGGAGGAGUAAUAAUGUAUUAUAUUAAUAAGUAAUUAAUUAUUAUUAAACUGAGUGGUCUUAAUUGCAACAUUAAAAUAACCAAGUCAAACUUGAAUGUUAUUGUUUUUCGAUUAAGUUUGCAAGUAAUAAAAAAUGUUGUAUAUGACUGUUAUAAAAAAAUAAAGCUGAAAUGUAAGCUUUGGAAAUAGUGUCGGUAUGUUUUUGUGUGUUUAUUCCUGAAUUAAAAACUAAAUACUAUGGUGACUGCUGUCUCAGAAGCAUAAAGAGUAUUAAGUGGGGAUGAAACUCUAUUUUCCCAAUGGGGCUAUACAUAAUUAUAAGACCAAAGAUGAAAAAAAAUAUAUAAACUGUGCCUCUUUUGAAGUUGACUUUCUUUUUUCUUUGACGAUCAUGUAUACACAAUACAUGUCAAAAUUAAGUUCAGGUUAAAUUUUUCUAUCUAGGUACAUAUUGUCUGUUUCCUUUGUCUCCUAGCCCCAAUAAUAUUAUUCACAUGAAUUAGGGUUUGGAGACAAAGGAAAUUGAGAAUCAACCUAUCAUAUUAGGUUGAGAUUUUUUCAGCUGAAUUUGAUUGACUUGUAACAUAUAUCUCCGGGGGUGAUCUAGGGGGAGGGUGAAGGGGGUGUGCACCCCCACCCCCUGAGAUGACCUGCGGUUUUCUAAUGCAACUGGUAUUCUGCAAAAAAAACUAUGUAGUUUAUUGGUGUUGAAGUAGAGAAAGAGACGAGUGCACCCCCUCCUAAAAAAAAUCCUGGAUCCGCCUCUGUAUCUUAUGCUAAAAACAACUGAGAAGUUCCCUCCUCUUCCCCGUAUUUAGGAGUCAAUUUGCUGACUUUCAGAAGCCAGAGUUAGUGUUAUAUCCAGGGCUGAAAGUAGCACAAAGACAACUGACAGUAAUGUCCAGGAAAAGAGAAUUCAAGCCCUUCUAUCAUACCUACUUUCUAGAAAAAUCUAAAAUCAUUUCUUGUAAUAAAAGUACUUCUUGAUGUGACUCACCAGUAAGAGUGUGAGCAUCAUUAGUGACAUUCACCUCACAUGACCCAGAUUUGAUGUCAAUAGAGGGAGGGUUGUCAUGUCCAGCUGGCUGACCAGCGGCAUCUUGAAGAAAUAAGAUACAAAAAAAAAAAAAAAUAGAAAUGCACCAUCAUGUGAAGUUAAAAAUUCCGUUGUAAUUCAAUCAAAUCCAUUUACUUUUUCCAAUUAAAUUAACUUUUUUUGACUUAUUUUGCCGAAUGGUCCAUAUUCCUUGAUUGCAAAUCCGCGAUUUUGAAUUCCAAAUUCCUCAAGUCCAGUCCCAAAUCCGCUUCUCCCAGUAAGUUUUCCCAGUUGAAGAUUUACGCGGCAUACAUAUGUAUUUAAAUCGACAAAGUGCUAUCAAUAGAAGAAAAGACUUACCUGGUAUCUCUGAUGUCCUUAAAUUGGAAAAUUUGGCUUUUUAGAUGGCUGCCCGCUGCAUUUGAUGUUCUCCGUGUACCGAUCUAAUCCAUAAAGGUUCCGAUGUCUGAAAACAGUCCGUCUUGAGCGCAAGCAACCUCGGCAUUCGGGGCAGAAACACGUCUGAUAAUCUGCCAUUCUGAACUAACUUAAAUAAUCUGUAUUUAAUUCUUGGGUUUGUCAUACAUGUACGAUCUGCUGGAUAUUUUGGUGCUCCUUUUUCGCGAGAUAGCGCCAAAUUGCGCGAAUGUGGCGAGCUUUAUUAUUGCGUGACAAUGUUUGCGCUAAUUUGACGCAAGUUGAAAUUUUUCGGUGGACGCAAGGAGAGAAAUUGCUCCUUCAAAGGGGGAUUUUUGGCGGAAAAUGGAAGUGCAAAACCCAGAAGAACUUAUGAAAGUGUUACUCGAUAAUCCGUCGGCUAGAAGCCAGUUGAAUUCCUUUGUUGAGCAAGCAAUUGCGAAAAGUCACGUAAGUUAAGUGUGUUGUUUUUGUUGCGGGUUUGCUUGAUAAUUAAUUAAGUGGUUUCAUGACAACACUUAAUUGACAAAAAAUUCUUCCCUUUUGUUUUCCUCUAGUCACCUGCACCGUCAAAAGUUGUACCACUGGUAAGUAAAAAGCCAAAUGUUACAAUUUACUUAAACGCUAGCUUUUGGGGAAAAAACUAUAUACUAGGACAUUUGUUGACGUCAGCUGCAUCUUUCAGACGUAUAUUUCGACGGGACAUUUUACUUGAUUUUCACGCUAUGUAGUGUAUGGCCAAUCCACUUUUAAUAUAUCCUGUGAGCUACUUUUUAAAAUAAACUCUGUAACUGAUCUGACUCAGUUGGGGGCACAAAUUUGAGCGCUUUUUGGAGCCGGGUAGGGCACUAAAAUCACUUGUUCAAAGUUCGGUCCUCUACAGUCUGCAACUGAAGUCCUUCUGUCAUUAUUUCAUAGAUUAAUAAAUGUUAUGAACUGAAAACCUUGUAUAACACAAACCCGGGGGGGGGGGGGGGUACUUUAGGAAUUUCUGGGUGGGGAUGUGCUGCUGGGACCCUGGAACCCUUAACCUAUACCAGAGCUAGUUCAGCUGAAUUUUGCUACCCUAUACUAGAGUAAACUCCCCAAAUCCCCCUAUCCUAGAGUAGCUGUUUACCUAGUCUAGAUAAAAUCUUCAACCAACUGCUCAGUUUCCUGAAAAAUGAUACCCUAUUCUAGACCCAAACGCUCUGAUUUAUAUACUCUAUCCUAGAGUAAACUGCUUGAAAACCAUACCCUUCACAGCGGCACAUACCUAUAUAGCACAUAUAUGGCAGUACCCCCGCCCCCGGACACAAAGAACUACAGUACAUACACAUUUUCAAAUUUACAUACAAAAAUCCAAUUAAUAAAUAAUUCAAUAAUUUGUGACAAAAUAAAUCUAUAAAACUCAUUAACCCGCGGACGUACAACGGCGGGGAGUUGGAUGCCACCCCCCUGCCCAUAAGGUUUUCUCCCAGAGGAUCUUUUCAGUAGCUAUUCGUUCAUCCCUCGCACAUAUUUUGAGUCAAGUUUAAUUUUUUUGGUCAUGGUCCAUUUCUAUGGUUACGAGAUAUGACAUCAAGUAAGAGGUGGUCAAGCCAUUUUUGAGUGAAAGUACAUUUUUUAUCCAACUUUUUCAAAAAUAACUAAAUCUUGUGGCCAAAAUCAUACAAAGUGCUUAAUUGUGUGUUAUUUUUCAUCUGAAGCACAAAAAAAAUCACCAUUUCUCACGAUUUUAACCUGAUUUCUAAUCCUUGGUAAAAUCCAAGAUUGCAACCAAGAUGGCAACCAUUGUUGGUGACGUCACAGGCCCCCAGCAGCACCACCACCCAUAAAAUAUACCUCAUCUUGUAGAGAAGAUGAAAGGCUUUCCACCAAAGGUAAAAUAUCGUUACAAAAUACUGCAACGUAUCAAAAACUCUGGGGAUGGGUUCCAUCCACCCAGUCCCCCCCCCCCCUUGUACCAUGGUGGGGGUAUGAAUUUGCUUGUAUGUCCGAGGGUUAAUAUAAUAUCUUAUAUUCAUAUCAUUAUAAAAUGUAAUGAAACCAUAAAAACUACUACCCUAAUUGCUUCAAAAAUAAUAAUAAAAAAGAUGAACAAGGUGCAUUUUUAUUUCAUAUAUUGGGUUUUGAGGCAAAUCUGAAUAAUAGGGAAAACAUAAUCUACCUAUAGAUCCACAUAUCGCAAAAAAUAUAUUAACCAUUUAAUUGACUCAGUGAUAUUUCCUUCCACUUAUAAUGAGCACAACAUAUAUUAAAUUAUGUGGCUGAGAUUUGUAAGACAGUGAGACCCUUCCAUAUUACAUGUUGACUUAAUUAUAAUUCAACAGAUAUGCUCUUGUUGAAGUAUUUCACAGGACAUUAUACGAGAUGCAUUUGAAUUUGAAUUCAAGGAUCAAAUUAAUCCAGGAGAAGGUAUAAUUAGACAACCUUAUUCUUCCUAUAAUUUAUUACCGGUAGAUAUAGUGGGAGGAAAUCAAAUGUAUAAUUGAAUCCUGAAAGAAUAUUUGCAUCUUAAAUGUUAGUUAAGAAGUCGGAUGUAUUGUAUGUGUUUAGUUUGAAAAUUGAAGUUGGGAACACGUAUUGUCCAUAUAUUAAAUUUAAUUUAUUAUCAGUUGAUGUUACUCGAGUGGGGUGUAUUGACUGUUUUAAAUUCUAUUUGUGCUAACGGCAAUAAUUUAAAAUUGUAACAGUGCCUUGGUCAGAUGUUCAAGACUCUGUGAGAACUGAGAUGGUCGAGUAUGUAAGAGAGAUGAUGUCAUCAAGUGGUGUGUCAUUACCAACAAGAAGCAUUAUUGGAAAAAGGAUUAAAAGAUAUUAUAGGAGUCAAAGACACCAAGCUCAAAUUAAGGCAGACAAGGAGAAAAAAAGAAGGAGACAGCGGUUUCUUAACAAAAGGAACCGUCUAACAAUGGUAGGAUUAUACUAUAUUUUUUACUUUCAUACUCAAAUGGCUUAGAUGAGGGGAAAGUGAAUGGAGGGAUAUCGAGGUAGGGUGUUCAUGCCAGGACAAGUGAGGGACAGGAUUAAUGUAUUCUCCACUGCCUGGUUGUUUACAGCUGGCAGAUUAAGAUAAUUAACGCAGGGAUUAGUGAGAAAUUAAAUUUGAAUGAAUUCACAUAAAUAAAUGUAAGCUUAUUAAAGUGCCUAGCACAUGUACUUGUGUACACUACGUGUGCUUGCGAAUUGACUAAUGAUUGUUGCAUCACUUGCAUGUGCAUUAAUUCACGUGAUUACUGACAUCAGAUGGACCAGGGCCUUUGUGGUGUCACAUUCCAUGCAUUUCAAAGGACACAUCCUAAGAAUGUGGAUAGAUUCUGGAAAAACCUCGCUAUACAGUUACUGAAGUGCCACUGACCAGUUGUUAUUAUUGUAUCAUUAUUUAUAACUAUUAUAAUUAUUUGUUAACAAACUGCUGUUCCUUUCUUUCCACAAUGGCUUCAAUUAAUCAAUGUCUCAUAAAUGUACCAAAAUGUUAACUUCCAGGAAAAGAGAGACAGGGAAGUAAGGAAAGCAUUGGAAAGGGAGGAGUUGAGCAGUGAAGAGAUAAAGGAGCUGAGAAGUACGAUUGCCCCAGUGGAAGCAAAGGAAGUGGUAGUUUACGAUUCUGAGGAUGAGGAUGCACGCUCUGACCUUCUCCUGAAACGCAAGAUCAGUUUGGAGAGAGGCAGGAAAACAGCCAGGGAAAAUCAACGCAGGGGAAGUCGCCUGCUGGCUCUUCUUAGUGGUAAUAAGGCACCCAGUCAGCAAGUGUCUGUCAAAGACCUGAUGGAGCUGGCAAAAGAGAAUGUUCCACUGCCAGCAGCUAAGGCUCCAUCAGCUAGUCUGACCCCUCGGAGGUGCUGUACAACAUCUACUGCUGAUGCAGCCUUACGUGCACAACAAAAGAGGGGCAGGCUAGCAUUAACUAGAAAGCCUCAAACAAGCAUAGGUAAGUUAUCUUUGGGCCCAUCAAGUGAACGCAGCAACCUCAUGGUGGCUGCUGGGGCACUGCGCUCCUCACUGGUGGAGACCGAGGAUAGUUUAUCUAUGGCUGUUGACUCAUCACCAUUUCUCUUUCAGGGAGAUUUUACUGAUUAAGGACAGUGUAAGUGAGGCUACAUGUGUAAGAGAUAGCAAUACAGACCUGCCAAUUCGUGGCUAAAAUGUUACAAAGCCCCAUUAAGGUUAAACACUGGCACUAGCAUCCCCACAGAAUUUCUGUUUUAUAUUCAACAAGGUAACAUUUCGUUUCAGAAAGAUAUCUCCCCCAAAAAACAUGUGAUUGGGAGUCUUGUUGCGGGGCCAUGAGACAAGUGAAAAAUCAUGAGAGUCUUUGAAGCCAGAAUUGUGAGAGUUGGCAGGUCUGGCAAUAUUAAAAAUUAUAGACAUUUUUUGGUCCAUUAAAGGAUCUUAUUUGAAAGGUUCGGUCUAAAUUAUUCUUUGGUUGUCUUUAAAAGACUGUGCUGUGUGAAAUUUAAAACACAAAGUGUAGUGUUCCAGCUAGUAUAGGUCACUGACACAAACCAGUAGAUCAACAACAGAAUGAUGUAUUAAUUAUCUCUUCAUUCCCAGAAUGAAUAAUGACUCUUGUACUAGAUUUAAAAUCUGCUGAUGAAAUUCUGUGGUAUGACCAUUCAAAUGAAACCUCUUUGGCAUAACUCUAGGCGCUAUCUGUUUUUUUAGCACUUUACAGAAUGAAAUUUAAAAAUCUUGUCAGAUACUUUUGACAAUUGCAUGCCAUUCUGGGAGAGAAGUGGUUACAAUUUAUAAUAUACAUGUAUAUAAGUAUUGAACCUUACAAUUCCUAAUAGUGACCCUGAACGUCAAUCAGUUCCUACUGGCAAUAUCAAUAUGUCAUCAAGAGAGAAGGUUCUGAGAACUUUCAUAGAAAUAGUCAUCUCCGAAGGGAAUAAGUUUUGAUCCUCUAUCAAAUUUUCUAUAAUGAGAUGUAUGGGAUAUCAUGAUCAGUCUCACAGAAUUUGUUUAUUGAUAUUGUCAGGCUUAAGGAGUAAAUACUGGAUUUCACUAGUCUAAAAAGAGGAUGUGGGGAAUAUGUUUUGAUCUCCUAUUUAAUUCUCUAAUUCUGACAUGAUAUAAUUGCUUGCUCAACAAAUGAAUUCAACUGGCUUUUAGCAGAAGGAUUAUCAAGUACAUUUGUGUAACACUUUCAUAAGUUCUUCUGGAUUUUGCACUUCCAUGUAUAUUUCGUCAAAAAUCCCUUCUCGAAGGAGCAAUUUCUCCCCUUUGGUCGACCAAAAAUGUUUCAACUUGAGUCAAAUCAAUUAACGCAAACAUUGUCACACAAUAGUAAGGAUUGCCACAAUCGCGCAAUUUGGCGCAUUGCAGCAAAAAAAAAAAACAAAUUUGUUAUUUUACAUUGUUUAUUGAUAUUUGUUCAUUAUUAAUUGGAUUUCACUGGUCUAUUAAUGUUUAUUAAUUUAAACACGAACUUGAUUAUCUUUUAUUAACAUUCAGACAACAUUGUUUUGUAUAUAUAACAUCGCCAUUAAACUUACGUUUUCUCGGACAGCUGUUAUCUACACUGAUUCCUUGUGUAUUGUUAUUUUUCCAUAUUGGAUUAUUUUUGAUCCGCACACUUCACAGUGCAAUUUGUGGGGAGACUCUGGAAUUUUGCUUAUGUUACUUCAGUUCACCAAGCAUUUUUCAAAUUGUUAUUAAAAAGGGAAAUGUUUGAAAAAAAAAAAAUGUAUCUGAGCAUAAUUUUAAGACCCAAAUAAACAAAAGCAAAAAUCAUUGUGAUGAUUUCCUGUAUAUUCACAUAUCUGGAAUGAAAGGAUUUGGGAAAUUCUUUAAUUUGGGGAGGGGGGGUAUGAUUCCACUGACAGUAUACUCUCAAGCUACAAUGAGUGAUACUUUGAUUUUAACAAUGCGAUAGUGGGGGUUAUGAUUCCUCAAAUGAUUUAAUAAGUCUUGCAACAUCGUGGUUAUGAUUCUUAGCUAUGACAACACAGGUUAUGAUUCCUCAAAUGAUUUCAUAAAGCCUUUAAAAACCAGGGUUAUGAUUCCUGUGCCUGACAAAAUGAUAUGAUGACUUGGUGAAGCCUGGGCAAACCAAGGUUAUGAUUCCUCAAACACAUAAAAUCAUUACUGAAAUUACAAUUGGUUAUUUGACUAUGCCAUUUCCUGUGAGGAGACAGCCUUGAAUGCUUCACUGUGAUGUUUCCUUGGCAAAACCCUUUUCUUUUCCUAAAUAGUCCGUGCAGAGUAAUCUGAAGUUAUUUCUCCAUUCGUUAAUGAUAGUAAAAGCAACCUAUACCACAGAAGGAAAGUAUUUCUGUAAGUUAAUUGCAGACUUUGUUUGUCUGGUUUGUUGGACAUCUGUUCAUACAUGUAACAGCAAUCUUGCUUUUUAUGCACAUGUGCUGCAGUGUAAUUAAAAGUAAUAUUGCCGUUCUGUGUACAAAAUCAACUUACUACUUUCACUGAAUCACAAACACAGUGAAUACCUCAAGCAACCCCAAUUACACAAGCUAAAUAAUAGAUUUUGACAUUAUUGAACAAUCACACUGGUUGUACAGUAAUUCUUUUUUAAAAGUACUUCUGUCUAAUAUGACAGUAAAGAGUUCCCUUGUAUUUCUUUCUUAAAAGAACUCUUGUAGUUUAAGGGAUGGGUUAAAUAAUGAUCAGCAUGUCAUGAUCGUGGGAAAAAGAUAGAAAUCUUGACUUCCUAACAGGAUUUGGUGCCACAUGUAUGACCCCCUGAACGUUUAGUAGGCACUCUAUCCACUGAGCCAUGCAGAGACUUGUGGAAUCAAGAUUUUUUGUUUGACCCACAUUUGUGACAUGCUGAUUGUCAGUCAUCUUACAGUGUGACGGGGAAAACUGUGAACACUUGAAAUAUUUCAAGAGUGUUUAUUGUUUUAAGACCAAUCACAGCAAAGAUCAGGACAUGCGAGCAAGCCACAAACCACAAACUAAUUAAUUUUCUUGCUUUGGUUUAGUUUUCUCACACCUGAUUGGCUUUUUUCUUGCAACACAAUAUUAUAUUAUAACAUUCCAGAAAUAUUUCUGGUGUUCACGGUUUUCCUGGUUUGACUGGAAGUGUUCAGUUACUGAGGUUCUUCUUUGUUUCAACUCCAGCACUGUUAAUCACUGUAUCGCUGACUGAUGGAAAUUCCUUGUUUAUCUGUUCAGCCAUUGCGUUAAAGUUAACCAUGCCAGUCCAAACACAGCGCAGUGUCAAUCAUUUUGGGAUAGAGGUUGCCGACAGUGUUACAUGGCAGGGAUGGGAACCUGGUGGAGAAUACACUCAACAAAUUGUACUAAAAAAUGUACAGAUUAAAACACAAAAACUGCAGUACAAGUAAGUAUUUGCUUUCAAAAAACUGCGGUGUUUUGUCAAAGGAUUUGUGGAACACAAUUAUUUGGACAAAAAUGUAACAACACAUUCACAGGAUGUUCAGUAUUGUACCUGACAAGCUAUUUUGAAGCACCCAGAUAGAUCUCGCUGUUAGUAGUUGUAGACUCAAUAAUACUCCGGAAAAUAUAUUUAGAUCGUUGUUUAAAAAAACACUUUCUAAACCUCUUUUUAUGUCUUUGUUUAGGUCUCCAUCAAGUAGAUUUUUUACGACACUUUAUCCCAAGCCGAUUGUUCUGAGUUCUGGUACAAGCUUUACACUACCUGUCACAUUCAGACCUCUUGAAAAGGUACCUAUUUAAUCUAUAAAUAAAUCCCUGUUGUCAAGUAGUGCAAGGUAUGCAAUGAGUAUUUUCUAAUGUUCGCCACGGGCCAAUUUGUAGAUCUGGUUAAAAAUAUUAUUUCAGCUGAUCAUGAGUAGGUAAAAUUGAAUGAUAAAUUUUAAUAAUUAUGUUUUCUGUAUUUCUGUUUGCAGGGACAAUAUGAAGACUGUAUUGAAUUCGAAACACAUGUGAGUUUAGUCAUUGUUUACCUAUACCUGUUAGAGCGGUUUUCACUUGACUGUCGUAAAACCAAAACCAAAGUAAAUACACUAGCCAACCAAAGGGCGUAGUAAGACCAAAACCAAAACCAAAACCAAUCCCUUUCGACAGUCAAGUGAAAACCGCUCUAUUAAUGCCAAGUAAUUCCUUUAAUUCUAUGGCAUCAAGCUUUAUGCUUUUGAGAUGCAUUUUCAUUAAAUAGAUCUGUUUUCCUACUCAUAGGCUUUGUCAGUAACUGUCUUCACAUUGUGGGUAGCUCCUCCUAAAAUGUUCUACAAUAAUAUUAAAUCCUCUACCAUUGGUAUAGGAUUUAAUGGAGUCGGAACCAAUUGAGAAAUUUUCUCUCUUUCUUCUGGCUGUCUGAACUCUAAAGACAAGCUAUUUAUUAAUAAACAACAUCCAGCUUAGAGUGUGGUUUAAGGCAAAACUGGAUAACGUUAAUAAGAUGUCGAAUCUUUAUCUCAUCUCUACUUUCUAUAGGUUUGUGGACAAAUUAUUUACAGUUAUUAUAAAAAGGGAAACAAUUGGUUGUAAGUAUUUUCACUGUUAGUAAGCCACAAGUCUCAUUCUUCUAUUUCAGGAAGGAGUUUUCUCCAUUCCCAUGAAAGCUGUGUUGCCAAAGGCAGAUAUAGCCGUACCAGAUUCCUUGAAGUUUGGCAUGUGUGCAGUGAAGGACUGUGUUGAAGUUGUAUUCCAGAUUACAAACACAAGGUAAAUAAUUCCAGGGGAAAAUUAACACAGGAAAGUAACUUUUAAAAAGCAUAAAAUAAAAUAUUUUUGGGGACAAGUUGAAAUUUGGGGGGAAUAUUUUGUCAGCUAAUAGCCUGUGAGCAAGCUCUCUGGGCCACUCUCACGAUGGGACGGGAAAAGGAAGGAGAGCUUGCAACUACAUCUCUGGAAUUUGAAUUCCACCUCCAAUUCCCCUGUGCCUCCCUGUGGACUCAGCUGUCAGAUUUCCACCGAUCAGCAUGAAGUGGAAGAGCGCAAAUGUAAACAAACUUUGAAAAACAUGUGCCAAGAGUAAUGAUGUCAUUACUAAUGUCAUCUCUGCCAAUCAGCAUUUCGCAUUGACUUUUUCAAUGCAGAUAUUCAAAUUCCUAAGAUGAAGUUGCAAGCUCUCCUUCCUUCCCCACCCCCCCACCAGAGCAUGCCAGAGAGCUUGCUCGCAGGCUUGUCAUCUAAUGAAUAAGUUAACAUUUGAAAGAAAUACACUGCAACAUGUUGUUUUCAUUCCAUAUUAAUUUCCUUUUUUUCUGCUUCUUUUGAUCAGUGACCUUGUGACAAAGUUCCAGUGGAAGGUGUUAGAACCAUUUUCUGUUGUUCCAGAAAGUGGAACCAUGGCUCCAAGAACUUCAUGCAGUAUCAAAGCAUCAUUUUGCCCCACGGUAAGAUCUCUAAAGAAAUACCAUAGAUGAAAAUGGUAAAAUUUAAUGUUUGUUACUCUAGCCCUCCAGUUCUAUUACGUAAUUUGUAACUGAUGUAGUGUACCAUUCUGGGCUGAAGUGUUAUCUUCUUUUACACUGCAAACAGAACUUGUCAGUUGUUAGGUAACUGAUCCAUCUUGGAACUGCACUAAUCAUCUUUCAAACUACUUGGUUUUGGGGGAUUGCUUAUUUUACCUUUAUGUUUUGUGGGUACUUUGAAUAGCAGACUAAUUAGAUUUCUUUGAAUUAAGAAAUGGAUUCGUUUGCCCUCUCUUUAUGGUAAAAAGAGUGCCUGAAACAAGGCUCCAACAGGCCCCUCACAAAUUCUCCCUGUGAUUUUCAAGCAAUCCAUAUACAAGGCAAAUUAUAAUGAGAAACUAGCAUUUCUUUAGAAGGUUACUUGUAUACUUGUAUACAUUUGUAAAAGUCAGCUUCCUUUUCUCUGUUUUUGUUUUCAUCAAUAAGUACAAAUUAUUAACAUAUCCCGUCAUGUUCAUUUUUUUUCCAGGCAGCACUGGUGUAUGAAGCUAUUGCAAUAUGUACUUACUGUGCUGGUCAAAAGACACCUUUUACAAAGCAUGUGAGAAUUGAAGGAAUAGGUAAUAACAAUAAUAAUAAUAAUAAAAAUCAUAAUCAUAAAUCAUAAUCAUAAUAAUUAAUAACAAUUGUUUAUUGAUAAAAAUGCUUUAUUAUUAAUAAUAUUUUGCUUAAAAAAGCUGUCCAGUGAAAGCUCUAUUUUGCCAACUUUAAUAAUAAUAAUAAUAAUAAAGAUAAUAAUAAUAAACAUUUUUUAAAUUAAAAAUUAACAAUCUUUCAUUGAUAACAAAGCUAACUAUAAAAUCCUGUUUUCAGUAAUCAUUAUUAUUAUUUUCACUUAAAAAAACUAUUCAGUCAAAGCCUUAUUACAAUCCCUUUCGACUGUAAAAAAAAAAACGCUUGACUAAUCGAUUAAAAUAAUUCAUUUGAAAAAAAUUAUUCGAAUUAAAAACAUUUCAUUUCAGUUAAAAAACAGCUUUUUUCAAGGGUAAAUGUAUUCAAGGAAUAAAAUAAAAACAGCAAUAAUAAUCCCUUCAUUUGAUUAGGGAAGAGAUAGAUCAGUUCAUCCCAUCUAGAAAAAAAGUUAACGUUCAUAAAGACUAAACAUACACUAUUGCUAACAGUGUAACUAAGUAAUUAAACUGGAUUGUCUUAAAGCUGUUAGGAUUCCUAAACUUUGCUUUUUAAACUCAAUCAGGUAAAUUUCCUCACCUGAUGGCCAGUGUUCCAGGGUCUAAGGAAACUUCAAAGUUAACGAGUGAUGGUGAAGUUGAACUAAACUUUGGAGAAGUACCUGUUCAAACCAGUGCUAGCAAGUGGAUUGAGCUUCAUAAUGUUUCACCAGUAAGUACAGUAUUAAACUCUGUGAUAUGUUGUUGUCACUUCCCUUGUGCUAUGCAUGUAUUCAGUUGAAGCUUUUACAUUCUCGUAAGCAGACAGCUCAUAACGGCUGCCUUCAUAAAACCCUGUUUUUCUCAACUUCCAUACAAGCUCUGUAUUUUUAAAUUCCUGCAAGUGGCCAGCUCCAGUCACUUGGUUUUUUGCGUACCGAGGGUUUUGGCUCAUGAGAGCUUUACUGUAUUUUCAGAAAUGUGCAUGAUAUCAUUGUACACUUCUUUGUAGUGUACUACGCUGUAGAAUGGCCUUGACAGUUUUUUUUAUUUCACUUCACACAGCAAGGUCUAUUAUUCAUCAUCUUAUUAAAAAUUUUUUGAUGAAGAUUAUAUUCUUGAGGUUGCUGCUACAUUAUACAUGUAUUUGUCUGAAUAUAUUGUAAGAAACAGACACCCUGUCUCCUGAGAAUAAAAUAAGUUGAAUUUUAAUGAAAUUGUUCCAAAAACUCACAAAACUGUUCUUACCUAGGCUAGUAUGUAUCAAUCUUGAUACAAUCAAGUUGGCUGACAUCAUAUUUAAUUAAAUGAAUUAUUUGUUGUUAACAGGUUAACGCACCUUUCCAAGUACUUCAGCCAUCAGCUGCUACUAAUGUUGAUACAGUGUUUUCAUGCUCUCAUUAUCAUGGUGUUGUACCAGCAGAAAGCACCAUAAAACUCAAGGUAAAAAUAGAGCUUUUUUAUAUUGUGUGUUGACUGAGUAAAAAUUGGGGGGAAAUGCAGCCUGAGAAAACAACAGACAUUUUGUGAUGCACGGCUGGUUGAUGUCUGAGGAAAGAGAGUAGAAAAUGACUCUUUAUCCAGAACUGGGUAGUGACACAUCUUCAGUGUGGAAUUUCUGCGCUCAUUCCUCAGUCAUCAUUUCGAGUGGAAGCAGUGGUGGCAUCCUGAAAUAUCCUUGCCUAAUACUCCAUCUCAUUGAUGAUUUUCCAAACAUUUCUAUAUAUUUUCUAAUUUUUCUCAUUUCACAGGUGUGUUUUACUCCUCAAAAUCCUCGCUUGCAGUCUGUGGAUUAUCUGGACAUUAUGGCUCUUGGAGCUACGAACUGCUCUGUCAUCAAGUGCACUGGAGUGGGGAAAGGUGAUUAAGUCUCUGUAGAGUAUUUUUAAUGGCUAAAUCCUAUCUUGCAGGUAAAAUGUCCCUUUUGUCCAUAUCCCAGACCUAACCUGCAUGAUGUUGUACCUGUUGCUUGUUUCUGUUACAGGUCAAAUUUGACUUCUUUCUGGUUAAAAUUUUUUUUUACCUGACAGAAGUCAGCUUUGACCUGUAACAUAUCCACCUUUCCCUCUCUCCAUUUGUGACCACGAUCACCCGUUCAAAGCACCAAACUCAAUUUUUUCAGUCAAAGUACUGUUAAUCGAUAAUUAUCCUCUAAGCAUCCAGUUCCCACAAGUAACCAUCAAAUCUUAACAUUUUGAUGGCCAUUGACGGGAGGCUGUUCAACAUUACAUCCAACUAGUUCAACCACUUUGACUUACCUUAACGUAUGUUUUUUUACAUGCGUUUGCCAAAGAUCUUUCUCUCCUUUUGUCAUUACUUAGUUGCUUGCAGUCUUUUUUUGGUGAGAAAGCAGAAGUGGUGCUUGAUAUUCAUCUUGGUAUUUGCUUAAAAUUUUGACAGGACCAGAUGUUGUUCUUGACAGCGAUUAUCUCGAUAUGGGAGUUGUGGAGUCUGGAAAAUUUGUGGCUAAAAGUUUUAAGAUUUUCAAUAACAGUGACGUUCCUGCAGCUUAUCAGGUAGACGUUCAGUGUCUGAAUCUUAUUGUUUUGAGCACUGUGUUAGUUUUACAGAGACUGUAAAAUCUGGCAUCACUGCUUAAGAAUACCAUAACACUUGGCUAACAGAAUCCACUCCUAUCAAUCAUUCCAAAAUUAUUCUUAUUCUACAGUGUUUUGAAGACUUAGUAAGUCAUGUUAAACAAAUAGAAUAAUUUUGAUUGGUUUAAAGGCAAAAACACUAGUGUGCAAAGGAGUUGGUAAUAAUAAAUGGUGAAUCUUGGAGUGAUUUAUUUUUUACUAAAGAGAUGUUAAUUACAUCUCUGGUAUUUAUGUAAGUAUAGAUACAAAAUACAUCUAUACUGAUGUGGAUUGUGAACUUUUACCACUUCAUCUCUAGACUGUAUGUAAAUACAUUUGUAUGGACUCAUUUAAGACAUCAAAAUUGUCAUCAUUCAUUUUGGGUGCAUGGGGGUUUUUGGUCGUUUUGUAUUUAGGUUUUCUUUUUUUUCGUUUUUGGCUUUCAAACCAAGCUCUUUCCUUAGUUUAUAAAAAAACUAUAAUAAAUUGUAAGUUGUUACAUUGUUCCAGCUAUGUCUUAGUAACAUUAUAUUUUUUUCUUUUUGAACAGUUCAUGAUAGAUUGCAGUCAAAGUGUCUUUAAGCUGGAGACAGCAUGUGGUUUACUGUCUGGUAAAGGAUCAGAGACCAUUGUUAUACGAUUUGCACCAACAAAUCCGAUCAAUUAUUACAGGAGGUUAACCUGUCUUGUUCAAAAUCAGGUAACUUUGUCAACAGAGUUUUCACCUAUGUUUUUGAUUGAAGAUACUCAUCUAUCAAGGGAAUAGGCAUAGGGAAAACGGUAAAACUUUGGAAACUGGAUAUGAGAAAACUUGGAUUAUUUUACAUUUCUGGGAAACUGCCCACCUACCCCUCCCCUAAGUCAACAGUUUGCUCUAAGUGAGAAGUAAGCGUUAAUUUUGGCUUAGGGGAGGAGUAGGUAGGCAGUUUCCCAGAAACAUUAUAAUGAUCCGAAAACUUUUGAUAGCUCUUUGCUUUUCCAAGGAUGAAAGAACUAGGGCAAUGUAAAGAAAAAAAGUGUCACAGGAAAAAUGAAGAUUAAUUAAGACAAUAGAGCACAAUUAAUACCCUCAACAUGCAAAAUGACAGUUUUUGAAAUUCAGACUAGGGACAUUCAGGGUUGUCACUAAGAUUUCAAGUUACCGGGUAAAUACAACAAGUUGGCGGGGAAUCAAACGGCUAGCGAUUUCUUUUGGUUCUAUUUUUCUUCUAUUUUCCAAUAAAAGUAGCCGGGGGCCACUCUCUUAGUAGCCGGGGAAAAUCCCCGGCCCCCGGCUCUUAAUGACAACCCUGGACAUUUGUAACCCCCCAAGAGGGCCCUAGAUACCCAGAGCUUCAAAAUUUUCGCAUAUCUAGUGUCUAAAGUUUAACCAUUUUUUACCAUUUUUUUUAAAGUGGUUUAAGAGAUUGUUUGGAUUGAUUUCUACCAAGAGAACCAGGCCCUGAAUAGAAGUGAUGCUCUACUUGAUACUUCCAGUGUAUUCGAGGCUGCUUGAGCCUAGAUGGUUCAGCCCCAAUAUCAAAACACUUGAUAAUUAUCACUUCCUCACAAGUAGUUAAGUAAAUGUGGCUAUGUUAAACUGUUUCAUUUAAAGUUGAAAACAAUUAAUAUUGUUUGCAAUAUUUUUAACAUGAAAUGGUCCAGAGAAUUAGCCUCCCACACAGACGUUCUCACGGGUGGGUUCGUCACGCGUGACGAACCCCUAUGAACAUUAGUGUGGGAAGCUACCAGAGAAUCUACCUCAGCUGUUUUAAGAUUUCACUAACAAUGGUUUAUAUCAAUUUGAACUUUCUGUCAUAAACGUUGUUUGCACUUAGGACCCACUUUUCAUUGAUCUGUUUGGAACCUGCCACACUGAGCAAGUCAAGCCAGGUAUAGAAAAAAUAUUUGGAUAAAUUUAGGUUUUGGGGAAACUGCCCACCUACCCCUCCCCUAAGCUAACGUUAACACUUACUUCUCACUUAAGGCAAAAUGAUGGCUUAGGGGAGGGGUAGGUGGGCAGUUCCCCAGAAGCCUAAAUUGAUUCAAAUAUUUAUAUAUGUUUACUGCUUCCCAUUUCAAUCUGAUAUCUCCUUAUUUUUGUACUCUGAUAUAAUGAGGUGAGAUGUGUUUCUGAACUGUUCCUAGUGUCAGCAAUAUUCAGCAAGGUUGGAUGUGCUGUUUUAUAAUGUGGUACAUUGCUACAGUGCAAAAGCUGUAAAAAAAGUGCCAUCUCCAUUUUGCUGUUCAUUGACAAUGAGCAAAGGGCGAGAUCAUUCAAUCCCUUCUUCUAUGGAAACCAAGUGGUGCUGUUCAUGAAAGGAAAAUGUCAUUCCAAGAUAUGAUCUCAAGGGAUUCCAGAACUGACAGGGAGGAACUUGUAAAAUGCAAUGUCCAACUUGAAUGCAUGGAAUAAGAUCAUUGUUUAGAGCAUCUCGACAUAAAGGGUCGGAUGUUGAUGAUGAUGAUGAUGAUGAUGAUGAUGAUGAUGAUGAUGAUGAUGAUGGGAUUGAACAGCUGUCAGUACUGCUUGUAUGCCAGAACCAGGAUUCCACUCGCUUUUGGAGUGAAUGUAUCAGCAGUGGUCAUGAGCAUGUCAUUCACCACCUUGCUAUUUGCCAUCUUAGUUGCCUCUCAUCCCUUUCCAGUGCUUUGUCAGGGUAACAGUUGCCUGUCCUCAGCUCCCUGCUAAAUGAGGACUCAUACCUGAUGGAAUGCCUGGAUUUGCCAAUGAAGGAAGUGGUCUCCAUUUAGGGACUGUGGCCCAGGAAGGCAUGUGAGCUCCUCGUGAUUUUCGAAGCACCCAUCUGCCAGUUAACAAGUAGGGAACUUAAGCAACAACGACGGCGACGGCAACGAAAACUUCACUGAAAAAGUUUAUUCGCGCUACUUCAAACUUUAUCGCGCUUAUUCCAACUCGUUCAAUUCGUCAAAUGUUUGCAAAUUUUUCUGGAGUUGAAUUCUAAAGACUGUAUCAAAGUUUUAGGAAAAGAAAAAGAAAGUCCUUGUCUUGUGGUCCUGUCCUCAACGAAAUGUGAAAUUAGGCUCUUUCACGUUUUAGUCAUGCAGCGACAACAAAGAAAUGUACAAAAAAGCGUGAUGCACGUGCAAAGUUGUUGUUUUGUCAAUCUAAAUCUAUUGCUUUUUUUCCUGUUCUGGUUGCUGUCGCUGUCGUUGUUGCCUAAGCUUCCGAAUGCAGUUGGUAAAACAUGUUUGUCUUACCUCCAGUUGCCAUCUUUGGAAACCCAAUUGUCACCUUCUCUUUUUCCACAUAUAAAGACUUCUGGUGCUCUUUUCCAAAGGUUCCAAUCACAGUGAUACUCAUACUUAUGGAGAUCGAUGAAAUGUUAAGGGUGCAGUGUGUCAAACACUUUUUAGUGGCUAAUACACUGGACUGGUUCUUGACAUAAAAUUCAAGCUCCAUGGAGUGAGGAGCUGAAAAAGGCUUGUGAUUAUUUAUUUCUAUUGCUAUCUUUUCAAUUUAGCUGUUCUUCAGAAGAAGCAUCUGGAUCAAUACCAAACUCAUGUUAGGCGUGGCCUGUCAAGAAUCUCACCUGAGGUAAUUACCAUCACUAUAAUGACAUUUGAUUUCAGUAGCUCUGUAUUGCCACAGUGGCUGAAUUUUUUUGAUACGAAGAUUCUUUUGUUCAUAUUAAAUCUUUUUUUUUUUCAUUUUUUUAGCAACUCAAUGAAGAUCUGAAGGCAAGCAAACUCCAGCUUGAUGAAGAUGGAGCACUGAUGGCAGUGGAGGUUGGUAUCGACAUAUCACAUUGUUCUGUUUUUAACCCUUUCACUGCCAAAUGUGGCCAAAGGUAAAAUUCGACAAAAAAAUCCCAAAUUUCAUUUUGUGAAAUCUUGAAACACAAAUAGCACCAUGUAUAAGUACAGGUAGAGAGGUUUCAUUUGAAUGGUUACUCCAUAGGGUUUUGUCCACAGCCACAAAAGUUAGAGCUACCUUACAAAACUCCAUUAUUCACUCUGGCAGUGAAAGGGUUAAACAGCACUGUCAUCAAUAUUUGGUGCUAUUGGAAUAUUAUCCUGUGAAUAAAGCAGCCUCACAUUGCUCCUUGUCUCUGGGAAAAUCUUGGAAAACGCUAACGGCGAAGGGAAGCAAUGAGAGUGAGCUGUAUUCCCAGCUAGGGAUAGAUAGGAAAGAAGUCAGCUAAAACUUAAGGCCGAUGUUUUCAAGUUUGACACCGUUAUUUGAUUAACUUCUGACCAGUUAGGUUACUUUCUUGUUAUUAAUUAGAAUCACUUUUUACCUUACUACAGACCUCUUCAUCUGUUGUUGUCUUACCAACCAUGUCAGAUCUGUCUCCUAUGGAGGAAUUCUUUUGUCAUGCCUCAGUUGGAGAAACUGUAAGUGCUAGGAAACUAUAAAUUAGAGCUUACUCAAACUCUACCUGUUGGUAAUUCGUCUCCAUUUGUACAUCUUUGAAAAGAGUGCGUUUCGUUUUCAGGCCAAUGAGGCCUGAAAAUGGCGCGUUUUUGCUUUUACCAAGCUUCGCAUGAUUUUGGAGGGAGAGGAGUUUGCUUUUCCACUCCAUUCUGUUUAAACGACUGUAAUCCAUCACAGGGAUACCACCAGCAGUAUAUUGCCAUUACAUUUACGGAAACAAUACGAUGAAACUGUCUAAGAUUGUAGCCUGCAGCAGGGGGGGGGUACUCAACAAAUAUUUAUACCGGGAGGCUCCGCCUCGAGUCCAACCCCCUUACCCUUUUAUAUACCAUUUUUCCCGAAAAACGCACCCCUUACCUAUACCUUCUAUUGACAAAUGGUACCCCCCUUUCACAUAACUUGUUUAGAACUUUGCAUCCCUUUUAACUGCUGCAAAUGCACUGUCUUUUAAAUGGGAAUCAAUCACAAAAAUUGAACGUUUUCUCGACAUUAUAAAGCCGUAAAAUUCAUCUGUUAGCCCUUUUGGGCCCUUUUACAGACCGAAAUGACAGAUUUCCCCUCCUUUUUGUAUACUUCAACUAUUGAAAUCCCAACUGAAGCCUGAAAACGAUACCCCUUUCGGGGGGGGCUUCUCCGUACAGGCCAUUAGAGGGAGUACCCCCCCCCCCCCGGGGGGGAUUGUAGUCCAUCGCAGGAUUACCCCUCUGCCGUAUUUUACCAUUACCUUUACAGAAACAACGUGAUCACAAGGCUUGAUCCCAGCCCACCUGAUGUGAGGUCCACUAGGUCUUCAUAUCUCCACAUUUUAUAUCUUUGACCACCUCUGUUAUACUUGAUUCCAGACUGCAGUCGUUCCUCAUGUUAGUUUAGAUGUUCACCAUGCAGACUUUGGACAGUUACAGGAUCCCAACGCAGUGGCCCAAAAGGUACAGUUCUUUUCUUUUCUCUACGGGUAGCUUUAGGGACAGUGGGUACUUACCAUUUACCAAAAGUGAACGAUAAAUCCAGUUGGAAAGAGAUGAAACACGUUUUUGUGGUCUUUCCAGCGGAAAAUGUCCGGGAGCAGCGGAACAUCUGUUUGUCCGGAAAAAUGUUCCCGCUGGGUACUUAUCAUGGGAAAACCGGAAAUUCAAGUUGUAAAUCAAAUGUUUCGCACCUUCCCGUUUGAGAAGCGUCAGAAAACUUGGGCUGUGAUUUCAGUUGUUUUUACUUGAGUCCUGUUCAGCUGAUGUGGAUAUACUCUUCAGGGUCGUUUGACCUCCCCCACCGCGUCAAAUUUUAUAGUUUUGUGUUUAUCCGCAAGAUUUCAUGCGGGUAGUUUGUGUAAACGGUGAGCAUGCACCUAGUGUUUUAUUGAAAAUAUCAUGAUUUUGAUUGGAGAUGCUCUUUCGCUUGCAGACAGUCAACAUCACAAAUCAUACAAAAGGAAAGAUAACCUGUAUGUGGAUGAAAGGUACGUCUUGGCUUAGUUUUGGUCUUAUUAAAGGCGACAAGAGGAGCCUGUAAUCUCAAUCUCCAGGGUGCUCUUACGUAUGUUUGGCACAUUUGUAGCCAGCAUUCGUUUGGACUUCGACUAAGAAUGAAUGGAAUGCAAAGAACGCAACCUGAUCACGUGCGUUUUGACCUUCUAUCACGUGAAACUUACGCAAAGCACCAACGUUGAAGCAAGAGCGUUUUGACCUUCUGUCAGAAGUCUGUAACUCGCUCGUACUCACUAACAUUUGGUUAUUACUAGUUUAAGCUUUCUAAUUUUUUUUUUUAACGUCAGGUUCUUUGUUUUUAUUUGUUGCAGACACAAAAGGAAUAUUUUCUGUCUCACCUGAGGAGUGUGAUAUUCUACCUUUAAAAACCGCUUCAUUCAGAUUGACGUUUAGACCUGUGAGUAUUGAGUACAAUUUAGCCUCUUCUUCUUUCCUUUACAAAAUCCCGUGCGCGAACAAUAGGGAGUUUAUGUCACGGCUAAACAGUAUUAAAAAACCCUAAUUUUAAUCCGUUUCAAUCUUCUUCAGUUUUGCCCAUCCGUGGCAUCUGUUGUAUCUGUUGUGUUAUUUUAACCUUCCUUUAAAGUUUUAAGCAGUUAUUUUUAUGUUUCCCUUGGAUUUAACGGGCAUUUUGUAAUUGCCUAAUUUGGCCUAAUUUCUUGACACAGCUCCUUUAGGCAACAACGAUGGCGACGGCUAUGAAAACGUCACUUAAAAAAAAUGAAGUCGCGCUGCUUCAAACUUUAUCGCGCUUAUUCUAUCUCGUUCAAUUCGUCAAAUGUUGGCAAUUUUUUCUGGAGUUGAAUUCCAAUAGACUGUAUCGCAGUUCAGAAAAAAAAGAAGAAAGUCGUUGCCUUGUGUACACGUCCUCCACAAAAUUAGGCAUUUUCACGUGGUAGUCGUGCAGUGACGGCAAAGAAAUGUACAAAAAAGCGUGAUGCACGUGCAAAGUUGUUGUUUUGCCAAUCGAAACCUAUUGCUCAGUUUUAUGCGGUUCUCGUUGACGUCGCCGUCGUCGUUGCUUAAGCACCCUGAUAGGGUUUCGUGUGAACGAAGCGUCCGACGGCUACCUAUUCAACUCCAGUUACAGCCCGAAUUUUUCCGGACAUCUCAGGGAUGUACACUUACUUACCGUGGCUUGGACUGUAUAACAUAUUAAUCUUUUCUUUCCAUUAUCUCUUUUUUGUUUUAGAAUGCUGCAAAUCAGUUUUUCAGUGCUGAUCUGGAAUGCUAUGCAUUUUACAAGGUAAAGGAAUAAUCUAGGUAAUUAUAAAUGCCAGAUCUGUGAUAACUGUAAGGACAAAGAACCCCGAUCAUCACCACAUCAUUUGGUUCGUCAAUUCGUGCACUUUGUUGGUGUUCAGUAUAGAUGAUUACUUAACAGUCGAACAAACCAGGACAUCACCUUCCACGCAGACGUUCAUAGGGGUUUGUCACGCGUUCCUGUAACGAGGAUUGCGUGACGGGCCAAAAGAACGCCAGUGUGGGAGGUUAACCAUGGCUAGGUUGUUCAAAGCUGGGUUAAACUAACCCAACGUUAGUGCGAAAUUUUAAUUUAGCUAUGAAAGCUUAAAAAGCAAAUUUAGCUUAAUUCUUUGAUUGGAUGUUCUAUAAUGGUGAAAAUUGUCCGAGAAAAUGCUUUUGACAGGAAGAAAAAGAAAUUUGGAUUAAAAUUAAACUCUGGGUUAGUGGUAAUCGGCCUUCGAACAACUGGGCCCAGGACAGUGAUCAGUCAAUUAUCAAUAUUCAAUUGGGUUUUCGUGAUUGCUCAUGCUUACUUUCACAUAACAUUACUACUUUCGUGUUUUUUUGCAGAGUAUGAGAGAUUAUCGGCUUGUUGAGGAUGCUACCAUGUGUCCCCCUUGGUGCUUGACGUUAAACACAACAGGUUUGUAACAUUGUCUCUUUAUAGACCAUGAGGCUGUUGAACCAUAAACUGAAACGCCCAAACUCGUGACUCUCAGUAAGUUUGUUUUCCAGCUGAUUUUAUCCCCCUGAGUUAAAACUCAUUUAUAAUAUUCUAAGAAAUUUAACCUGCGUCGCAGGCGUAAAUUAACCUCGGUUAGUAACGUCUGCGAACGGAUGGACUCAGCGAAUUGCCGGAAGUGAAUUCGAAUUUCCUUUCACCUUGAUUGGCAAAUCGACAAUGGCUUUUCUAACAGACCAAUCACGGCGCAUACCCAAAUCCUGGUACUUAGGUGAGGGCCCAGAACAAGGAUUUCCGCGCUGUUUCGCAGACGGAAUUAACCAGAGUUUAGUUUCAUCUGUGGCGCAGGCUAAAGAAAUUGUGUUAUGUAAAGGUUUUGCUAUUCUUAAACAACGUUGUUUCUUGACCUUUCUGCUAAAAAGUAUAAGGGUUGCUUAUUACAACUGGGUUAAGCACGUUCUUAGCCAUAUUCCAUCUUAGCCAGUUGAACAACAGUGUCAAGAAAUGAUGUAGUACUGUACAGUCUUAAGAACAAGUAGUCAUAAUCAAAGAUCACGUGCGUUCGACUGAUCGAGAACCCAGUCUCCCUCUCUAUUGGCAAGUUGGCGAUGAUGUCAUUCGCCUCUGCAAAAUCUUUGGGGUGCCUGGUAGUUGUCCCAAGAUCUGUUCCAUCAACGACGUUUGCCCCAUACAACCUCACUCCUAUCUGUAUUAGGAUUGCGUUCCUCUGCGUUGAACAUAAUAACCGACGUUAAAAAAAUGCAAUCUAUUGGCAAAUGUCAUUUCAGCAGAUAAGUUUUAAUAACAGGUAUUUUAUUUUUAGGGCACACUUUUGCAUUAGGCACUGAAACGUUUAUUCCUAGAAGUCAAUUUGAUACCAAGCACUUGGUAAGUCUUUUUUUGUAGUUGAUGUUCUUUGUCUUCUCACGAUAAUAAGUAACCUUUACCCCUCCUGACCUUUUACCCGCAGCGGAAUCCUUAAUAGAAAACUGCACGUUAAACUGUUGCUAAGUAAAAAGAGUAAUGUCUUUGCUUGUAAAAUGUGACGCUCUAACAGCCAGGUCUGAAGGCUUCUCUCUGUGUAAUAACAGGUCUUCCCAGCUGUCACAGUGAAUGCUGUUUCAUACAGAACUCUGUUGCUAAGCAACAUGGGACAGAAUCCCAUCCACUUUGCAUUUGACGAUGAUCCGUCAGGGUAUGUAUGUCACGUGUAAAUUGGAAAAUUGUAAAGUUCUUUAGAGCCUGUGGAGACGUGUCCGUGCGUUCCAGGUCGAAUUGGAAUUUGGAAGUGUUGGUUUUUAAGAAGAGGAGAAACUGGAGAACCCGAGGGAAAAGUUCUCGGAGCAGCAAGGGAGAGAACCAAAAACAAACUCAACCCACAUAUGGCGUCGACGCCGGGAUUUGGUGCUCUCACCACUGCGCCACCCUCGCUCCUCCAUUCAAAUUUAACAGAAACAUUUUUUUUAAUAGACACUUUAAGGUUCUCUGUUGACAUUUGGACAAAAAUGAUUGUUGUUAUCUUAAAUAGAGUUGACCCUCCAGUGGAGACCACCUGCCACAUGCGACUACAUUAUCAGUAUACCAAAACUAUUUUUUUCUUAUCAAAAUAUUAUAGUCGAAUUCUCCCGUUAGCGACCAACUCCUGGGGUUAAUUUAAUAAAACUUUUACGAGUGUAAUUUACAAGUGAAGCUAUUAUGUUCACACUCUAAAACAGUGGCUACCUUCGUAAAUAGCUUGCGAGCAACCUCUCCGGGGCGGGAAAAGGAAGGAGACCUUGCAACCACGUCUUUGGAAUUUGAAUAUCUGCAUCGAAAAAGUCGGUGCGAAAUGCUGAUUGGCGGGGAUGACAUUAGUAAUGACGUCAUUACCCUUGGCACGGGUUUUUCAAUGUUUGUUUACUUUCGUGCUCGUUCCUCCUCGCGCUGAUUGGCGGAAAUCUGACAGCUCAGUCGACGGGAAGCCACGGGAAUUGGAGGUGGAAUUCAAAUUCCAGAGACGUAGUUGCAAGCUCUCCUUCCUUUUCCCGCCCCGCCGCCAGAGCGCCCCGGACAGCUUGCUCGCAGGCUACUCUUGUAAAUUACACUUGUGAAAGUUGUAUUAAAUUGGCCUCUGUUCAGGACGCUACGAUCUCUACUAUCCUUCAGAUUGCUGGACCUUUUUUAGUGAUCUUCUUUGGGGAUUACAACGAACAUCCGGCAACCAGGCCCAAGAUAGGACUGUCUAUCUCGGCAGUCGUUGUCGCAGGGAUCGCCACGUUUUUUUCAGCAAUCAAUUAAAACCAGACCUCCAAAUCGUUCCUUAUUAGGUGUGCUCCACCUCUGUAUAAUGAAGGUGGCCGAGCUGGGUUGAGAAUUAUUCACUGAUUCGGUUGUUGGAUCAAUACGCCACUUCUACAUCUCCCAUAAUGCACCUUAUAUGUCCCCCAAAAUUUGCAUAACCUUUGUUUUCAUUUCUUCUGGGUAUUACAGCCGUCCCAAGAGAAAUUGAAAACAAUGCUUAUGCAAAAAUUUGGGGGGCAAAUAAGAUGCAUUAUGGGAGAUGUGCGAGUGGCGUAUUGAGGCUUCUGGCUAACUGACCACCUACCCCUCCCCUAAGUCACAAGUUUGUCCUAAGUGAGACGUAAGCUUUAAUGUUAACUUAGGGGAGGGGUGGGUGGUCAGUUACCCAGAAACCUCAAUUUGAUCCCGUUCAUUCACUUAUUAAAGGUUUGUUUCUCCUGCAGAGAGUUCACAUGUAGACCCAGAACAGGGCUACUCACUGACAAAUACCAGGUAACGUCGGUUUAAAAGAAACUAUUUUUCUUGGGGCUUACAAAUAUAAGCGCCCUCCUUUUCAAUGUAUUUGACGAGAGUUGAUGUAACCAGCAGGGUGGGGUGGGCAGGAUGAGUGACUCCUCCUAGGAAAGUCGGAUCACUUUGAGUUUCUGGAAAACUGCCCACCUACCCCUCCCCUAAGGCAUCAUUUUGUCCAAAGUGAGAAGUAGUUGUUAAUGUUAGCUUAGGGGAGGGGUAGGUGGGGCAGUUUCCAAGAAACCUCAAUUGAUCCGAGGAAUCUUUGAAUAUCCUCUUAUCCGGAUAUGGGAAGCACACAUCCCCCACCCUUCCCCUUCCCCUCAGCUCUUGAGAAUUGAUCGAACCAUUAGGGAAGGAAGGAGUUUUCAAAUAAACAGAGGAGUCUUUUAAUAUUGCUUAUCCGGAUAUGGGAAGCAAAUUUUUCCCACCACUCCCCUGAAAUCCUGAAAAGUCAAAAGUACGCCUUUGCUAACCACAAAUAGUUAGUGAUACCUAACGUUUUAAGCGUCUGUUUUACUGUAUAUACUUUUCAUAUUUAUUUUCAGUUGAUCGUGUUUAAAUUGACGCCGUCUGAAG